AUGGAUAUCACCUCACUCACAGGAGUGGUAGGACAACAGAGCCUGCUGGUCAUCGAGAACACCCCUGAAGAUGUUCAGGAAUACAGCUGGCACCGGGGUGCAAAUGACACUGAGGAAAAUCUGAUUAUCAGUUACAAUGCCACAUCUCAUUCCCAGCAGAAGGGGCCCAUGUACAGUGGCCAGGAAAGCAUGAUUUCUACUGGUGCCCUGCUGAUCAAAGAGUCUCGACUAAAUGACACGGGGAACUACACCGUGCGGGCGGCUGCCAUCAGUGAUACCCAGAGAGCAACUGGCUGGCUCGAGGUUCAAGAGUUUGAAACCCUGGACAUCUCAGUCAACGCCAGCAUCGUGCUAGAGGAUGUGGACUCCAUGGCUGCCAUCUGCCACACCAACAACACUGAGGUCCAGUGGUAUGUGGCCCACACACUGGUGUCCAGCUCUGAACGCACGGCCAUCUCCCCAGACACAAAGACCCUCAUCAUCACAAGGGUCAAGAACUAUGACUCGCCGCUGCAGUGUGGGGUCAAAAUCGUCUUAGGGACUGUCAUUCAGAGAAGUGAACUGAUCUAUCUGACGAUGGCCUAUGGACCCUCUUAUGUAAUGAUCCUCAGCGAGGCCAGUAACGACAACAGCAUCCUGCCUGCUGAGAUCGGUUCCCAAGUGGAGAUGGUGUGUGUUUUCAAUGGCGCGCCAGAAUCCAAGUACCGCUGGAUCCACAGUGGCUCCCUCCUGAGCUUCCCAGAAAAGAACAUCACCCUCCCGAGUCUGACCUGGGACCAGAUGGGCAGACACAGGUGCAUCGUGGAGAACAACCUCACCCAGCUGACCUUGUACGAGGAAGUCCAGGUCCAGCGCCCCCGGUUUAGCCAAAGCGUCACCAUGUCAACAUUCCUCCUGGACUUCCUCAUGGCGUGGUCAAUCUUGGGCUAUGUCCUCCUCUUUACUCUCAUCCUUUUGGGCCUCAUCAGAUGUUACUCCACCAGACCUGGAGGACAAGACCUGAUGGGCAAGGAGGUGAGGGGGUUCACUGUUGCUGCGAGACAGCAACAGGUAGUGACUGAAGCCUUGUACGACUAG